UCAGUGAACAGAAUUGUUUGCAGUUUGCUUGUCGCUAUAACAAGGAACGAGGAAGAAUCAAGACAACUAAUCCUAUUCAAGCAUGUAUUGUAAGAUGAUUGUGUCGUUUUUGGUCGUGACUUUGGCCGUGGCGAGCGCUGGGAUUCCUGGAGGCCCUGUAGAUGCAAACAUUAACGAUGAAGAUGUUCAGAAGGCGUUACGGUUCGCAGUGGCCCAGUACAACAGACAAAGCAACGAUGCGUUUGUGCGUAAGGUUUCCAAGGUCAUCAAGGUCCAACAACAAGUUGUCGCUGGCACGAACUACAUCUUCACUGUGAAGUUGGGCAGAACCAACUGCAAAAAAGGUGGAGUUGAGACCCUGUGUGCCAUUCAUAAGGAUCCCAAAGUUGCACGGGUCAUUCAGUGCAAAAUAACGGUCUGGAGCAAGCCAUGGUUAAACUUCCUUAAAGUCACUGAAAACACCUGCAUAUAGAGCUUGUGAUGAGUGCAGUUUGGGGCUUUUUUUAACAUUCAAGCGGCAAUAAAAUUU